AGGAGUCCUGUAAAUGCAAUGGCUGGAAGAACCCGAACCCGCCUGCCACGCCGCCGCGGGCCGAGCUGCAGCAGGCAGCGGUCAGCCUGGCCGAGCCCUGCCGCAGCUGCAGCCACGCUCUGGCUGCUCAUGUUUCUCACCUGGAGAAUGUGUCUGAAGAAGAAAUGAACAGGCUCCUGGGGAUUGUGUUGGAUGUGGAAUAUCUGUUCACCUGUGUCCACAAAGAAGAAGAUGCAGACACCAAGCAAGUUUAUUUCUACCUGUUCAAACUUUUGAGGAAGUGCAUUUUGCAGAUGGGAAAACCCAUAGUAGAAGGAUCUUUGGAAAGUCCCCCAUUUGAGAAACCUAGCAUUGAACAGGGUGUGAAUAAUUUUGUGCAGUACAAAUUUAGCCACUUACCCUCGAAGGAAAGGCAAACAAUAGUGGAGCUGGCUAAAAUGUUUCUGAACCGCAUUAACUACUGGCACCUGGAGACGCCUUCUCAGCGAAGACUAAGAUCACCCAAUGAUGAUAUUGCGGGGUAUAAAGUGAAUUAUACCAGGUGGCUUUGUUACUGCAAUGUCCCUCAGUUUUGUGACAGUCUACCUCGGUAUGAAACCACCCAGGUUUUUGGUAGGACAUUGCUUCGCUCUGUUUUUACUGUAAUGAGACGACAACUGCUGGAGCAGGCCCGGCAAGAAAAAGACAAGCUUCCUCAAGAAAAACGGACACUAAUCCUCACUCAUUUUCCAAAGUUUCUGUCUAUGCUGGAAGAAGAAGUGUACAGCCAGAAUUCUCCCAUUUGGGAUCAGGAUUUCAUGGUGUCUAGUUCCCGAACUGGCCAGCUGGGAAUCCAGACAGUUAUCAGUCCACCUCCCGUUGCAAGAUCUGUUGCAUACAGUGCAAGUCCUUCAUCUCUGGAGCAAUCCAACAGUGGGAAUAUGAGUCCAGCUUGUAAAGUUUCUUCUGCCCUUGACCCAAACUUAGGGGAAAAGAGAAAAAAUAAUGAGCCCUAUUCUCUGGAGGAUUCUAAAAGACCAAGGGUUGUAGGAGAUAUCCCUAUUGAGUUAAUCAACGAAGUAAUGUCAACAAUUACAGAUCCUGCAGCAAUGCUUGGGCCAGAGACCAACUUUCUCUCGGCACACUCGGCCCGGGACGAGGCAGCGAGGCUGGAGGAGCGCAGGGGGGUGAUUGAAUUCCACGUGGUUGGCAACUCCCUGAACCAGAAGCCCAACAAGAAGAUCAUGAUGUGGCUGGUUGGUUUGCAGAAUGUGUUCUCCCAUCAGCUGCCUCGAAUGCCGAAGGAAUACAUCACCCGCUUGGUCUUUGAUCCGAAACAUAAAACCCUUGCAUUAAUAAAAGAUGGUCGUGUUAUCGGUGGUAUCUGCUUCCGGAUGUUCCCCUCCCAAGGAUUUACAGAGAUUGUUUUCUGUGCUGUGACUUCCAAUGAGCAAGUCAAGGGUUAUGGGACUCACCUAAUGAACCAUCUGAAGGAGUACCACAUCAAACACAACAUUCUCAACUUUCUCACGUAUGCAGAUGAAUAUGCUAUUGGCUACUUCAAAAAACAAGGUUUCUCCAAAGAUAUUAAAGUACCAAAAGCAAAAUAUGUUGGCUACAUCAAGGAUUAUGAGGGUGCCACAUUAAUGGGAUGUGAAUUAAAUCCAAGGAUCCCCUACACGGAAUUUUCUGUCAUCAUCAAAAAGCAAAAAGAGAUCAUUAAAAAGCUCAUAGAAAGGAAGCAAGCUCAAAUACGAAAAGUUUAUCCUGGCCUUUCUUGCUUCAAAGAUGGAGUACGGCAGAUUCCUAUAGAAAGCAUUCCUGGAAUUAGAGAGACUGGCUGGAAACCAAGUGGAAAAGAAAGAGGUAAGGAGGCCAAGGAUCCAGAUCAACUUUACAGCACAUUAAAAACCAUCCUGCAGCAAGUGAAGAGCCAUCAAAGCGCUUGGCCCUUCAUGGAACCCGUGAAGAGAACAGAAGCUCCUGGAUAUUAUGAAGUUAUAAGGUUUCCCAUGGAUCUCAAAACAAUGAGUGAGCGACUCAAGAACAGGUACUACGUGUCUAAGAAAUUAUUCAUGGCAGACUUGCAGCGAGUCUUUACAAACUGCAGAGAGUACAACCCCCCCGAGAGUGAAUACUACAAAUGUGCCAAUAUACUGGAGAAAUUCUUCUACACAAAAAUUAAAGAAGCUGGAUUAAUUGACAAGUGACACUGUCUUUUUUACAACCAAAUAGUGUGCCUAUGUUAUGGACAGGGAAAGCCGUUCUAUAUCUGAGUUGUGGGACUUUCAAGAAACUUCUGUUUAAUACUUAGCACUUUUAAAAACCCUUUUAGUUUUGCAAACAUGUAUUAUAAUGAAGUUACAAAAAUUAUUUUAUUAAAAUGCUUUAUAAUGUAUUUAAUUACGGAAUAUUUCUUUUGUGUGCCGAUUACCUUAUGUUCCUAAUAAGUUUAUCAGCUACAGCCUCAGAAACCCCACAAAUCUGGGGGAAGUUGCACAUGUUUGGGAAGAUGGAGAAAAUUCCCAGACAACAGAUGUUAUAGCUUACCUAAUGUUAUAGCUUACCUAAUGCAGUACUAUUUGAUAAAGUUUUAUUAUUUUUUCCAGUAAAAAAGAAAAUUGUAAGGGAAAACAACAGGUGUGGGGGGGUUCUGAAACAUUUGUUUCUUUGUAGAAUCUUUUUAUAAGAUAUUAUUUUUUAAAAGAAACACUCAGCUGGUUGAGAAGCUGUGAGAGAAGAGUAGUCAGUUCUGGAAAAGGACUGCCUGUGAUCUUUGAUAGAUGCAAGUUUUUCUAUUCAUUUUCAGUUUUGAUAAAUAUUUUACCUGCAAAUUGUAAUCUCAUAACCACUCUUUAAAAAAAAAAAAAAAGGAAAAAAAAAGAAAAGGAAAAGAAAAAAAUCUGGCUAUAUGCAUAAUGUCAUAGUGACUUGGCUUAUGCAGGACAUAAGUACCCAAAACAACUUUGGAAAAUAACUUUGGAGACUACUUUGCAUCUACUAGACAAUUUUAAUUGGCUUAGUAGAGUUAAGGUUUUAUGCACUUCAUGAUCCACCCUACUUACUACUCCUCACUGCUAAAUUCUUUAGAUUGUUCAGCAGAAAUAAGACUAUUGUACACAAAGGAAGACAACAUAGGACAGCUUUGAGCUUAGAUACUUGGCUCUGUGGUAAACUGGAUUUUCUGCCAAGCUUUAUUGUAAAUGCAUAUUAACUGUGAUUAUUUAGACCCAGGAACAUAUUAACAUUUUACAGCUUUUAGUAUAUCUUCAAAAAAAACACACACUCAUAUAUACAUAUAAUAUAUAUACAUUUUGCUGCUUACACUACAUUUAAGAGGUACACCUAAAUCCUUAAUGGAGAUCAGUGCAGGCCAAAAAGCUGUCCCUUGACGUUUUCUAAUUAGAGUUUGUAAGUUAUAACUGCUUUUGUGAAAAACAGAUUAAACUUUCAUUCUUGGUGUUUUAUAUUUACAAAUGUUACACUGGUGAAAUUCAAGUUAUGAGACUGAGAAAACCAAUCCUGUGAUGUGUCAAAGAAUCUAUUCCUGCAAAAUGCCUGUGCAGUGUUAGAUCACAGAUCAAUU